UCGGACCAGAGACUGCUUUCGGUAGCAGGAAAGCUUGCUUCGAUCGCUUUGUUAAACGCAGCCGAGGUAAGACCGGAAGGAAGUAGAAGCAAGAAAGGGUCUACCUCCAAGCCAUGGACGAGCAAGAGUUCCGACGCCUUCUCGACCUCUUCCCCGUCGUCCGAUCUCGGAAUUACUGCGCCGCAUCUGAAUCAUCAAGAGGAACUACUUCACAUUCAUCACAAGAUGAGCAGGUAACCGAAUGGAAAAAUGCUUGGAAUCAAAUGGAUGAGAAAGAUGGUUCAUCAGAAACUGAAAACGAUGAUCCAUUUUGGCAGAAGCUAAGGUUGGCUGCUGAAAGAAAGAUGGGGGCAGCAAAGGCAGAGAAGUUUUGCGAGGCAUUUCGAAUGGCCCAUGAGAAACUAGUGUACAAAGAACUGAGUUCUGAUGCUGCUCAGAGGUUUGUUGAUUACGAUGGCCUCUGAAGUAUUCAAUGUCUCCGAGACCUUUAGAUUUAUCUAGUUAAACAUGAACAGCACGUCAAAACAAGACUUUGUGGUUCCUACAACUAGGUGCUGUGGUUUGUGCUUUUCGAUUUAUCAAAGCCUACCCAUUCAUUUGUUGCAUGAGCUGAUCUCAUUUUUAGUGCCUUAGCAUGUUAA